AUGUCAGCCGCGAAGAGGAUCGUAGUGUGCGGAGGCAAUGGUUUCCUAGGGUCAAGGAUAUGCAAGAAUGCAGUACAGCGAGGAUGGGACGUGACAUCAAUUAGCCGCUCGGGGGCGCCGAAAUGGGACGCCGUCACGUCUUCCGCAACACCACCAGCAUGGUCUCACAAAGUGACCUGGGAGCGCGGCGACAUCUUGCGGCCAGCGACCUAUGCGCCGCUACUCAAGGGGGCCAACUUUGUCGUGCACAGCAUGGGGAUUCUGCUAGAAGCUGAUUACAAAGGUGUGCUGCGCGGGCAGGAGUCGCCCAUCUCGGGGCUGCGAAAGGCCUUCACCGCCGCGCCGCAGCCAGGGAACCCGCUCGAGCGCCGCGUCAGCGAGGCCGACGGCGACAUACGGCCGCCCGAGACCCGCGAGCAGCUCACGUACGAGAACAUGAACCGCGACAGCGCCAUCAUGCUGGCCAAGGAGGCGGCCCAGGAGAACGCGGCGGCCUUUGUCUACAUCUCGGCGGCUGGCGGGGCGCCCGUGCUGCCGGCUCGGUACAUUUCUACGAAACGAGAGGCUGAGAGUACGAUUGCGAGGGAAUUCCCCGGCAUGCGAAACAUAUUCGUUCGCCCGCCCUUUCUGUACGAUAGCUCGCGGCCAAUCACGAUGCCCAUGGCCGCGAUGACGGGAGUCGGGGCCGCUUUCAACGGCAUCACGGGUGGUAUCUUUGGUAACCUUAUGGGUGCUGCCGGGGUCAAGCCGCUCAAGGUGGACGUUGUGGCAGAGGCUGUUGUACAGGCACUCCAUGAUGAGGCGGUCAAGGGUCCGGUAGAAGUACCUGAAAUCGAGCAACUUGCUGAGAAAGCUUGGAGGAGCAAAAUGCUCUAA